AUGGCAGCCAAACGAGAGCUCGAGGACCUCGAUGAAGGCGAAGUAUUAAACCCUCAACCAAAGCGACCAAAGAAACAAGGCGGCAAAACGCGACAGCACCAAAACUCUGGCAUCGACCCAACCUGGGGCCAGAAAUAUGUCUUCGCAGGAAACGGCCAUACAACCACGAUCCCUGAAGGAGAAGAGGACGAUUUCGAAGAUGAUUCAGAAGCGAUGGCAUAUUUAAACUCUGUCAGACAAGAAGCGAACGGAAUACCCCAUCUCCUUGUUGCGCCCAAAGUUCAAAUAGGACCCCAGCUCCCCCCUGAACUCCGAAACGACGACCAAGAACAAGACGAGCAAUCCAUCGACAGGACUAUAUACAGCAAUGGUAUCGGCGAUUCUCGAGGCUGGUAUGAAGACGGUGCAUAUAUGGCAAUGCCCGACAACGCGGCUGGAGAGGACGAUUACGAAGACGCCGAAUAUCCAGAUGACUACGACGAUGAUUAUGACGAAGAAGCCGCAUUGCAUGAAGCUUACUUUACAUCCGUUAUGGACCAAUAUCUCCGCUUACGGUCGAUUCUUCACGCCGAUCUUCCUUCCAACGCCGUCUCCCGUGUCGUAAAGGCCCAACUAAAAACCGAUGCACCUGCGGAAAACCAAUCCGCUGUGAUAGCUACAUGGUCACGACUCCUUCGCGAAACCGAUCCCCACCCACUUCAAGUCGCCCUUAUGUCCAAAGACACUACACUACGCAUCCUGCGCAUUCUUCUCGGCGGUAAAUUCCUUCGUCAAGGGUAUACACUUCCAGAGCGUACGAGCCGCUGGAUUUGGGCACUGCUUGCUAGAAUGCCGGACAAGGGUGAGCUAAACUACGCCGAGAUCGGCUGGAUUCGUGACCUGGGUCGCAGAGCAGUUCUCCUGGGCCGGAGCUUAGCAGAGAUGGCGGCUCUGAGGGAAGAGUUAGCGGAGGGUGGACUAGGGGCUCAUGAAGCUGUUGAUGGAAGCAGCAGUGAUGAAGAAGUCCUGGCCGACCCAGAGGAUUUGGAGGUCGAAGGUGCUCUCAGCUCUGGGCAAGAUGAGGACAAUCCAACACCAGCUGAAUCCGAACAAGAUGCUGAGAAGACGCCCAAAGUCACGGAACCCACGACAAAAUCUCCGCCAAGGCCUGAUGCUGAAGAAGGUCAGAUAGAUGACGAAGACGAAGAUGUGGCUAUGGAGAUCGCGACCGAUUCAGAAGCCGAAGAAGGUGAAGUUGCUGCCCAGGAGCCUAAGGAGAACCUCGAAGCAGCAAAAGAACGACUACUCGCCCAGAUUAAUAACGGAGCGACAUCAGAAGACGAAGAAGAUCUUGAGAAGGAGAGCGCCAAACAGCGACUGCGAGCGAAUCUACGUGCAACUCUUAACAUGAUCCUGACGGUAGCUGGUGAGUUUUACGGACAACGAGAUCUGCUAGAAUUUCGAGAGCCAUUCGUCGGUAUGUAA